CGAGGCUGUCCCCGGCUGCCUAAAAGAGGAGUUACGCCCUCUACAAGAUGGUGUUCGUGUUUUCCGACCAGCCUAGAACACCAAUGUCUAUAGAUAGAAGCCCCCGAACAUACGAAGGAUAGCCUCGAAGGCCGCAUUUACGAUACGACUAGUAGCUCACCUCAGCUGAUCAGGCCUGCUACCUGAUCUCCCCCCCAGGCCCUUUCUAGUCGGACCAUGUAAAGAUCAGGGAAGCACAUGUGAAUUAGCCGAUGCCAGACCCUUGUGGACGGGAAAUAUUGCGAUCAAGGAAGUUCCUGGGCCUGGGAGGUUGCGUGCCAAGACGAUGUGUCAAACAAAGGAGACCAUGCCGUCUCAACGGUGGGUAGAACCCUCCCGGAAAAGUGUCUUGAUCCCCUCAUUCCCUUCCGAGUUCGAAGAGGUGAUAGCUGUGCUGGUUUCCUGAUCCCCGCGCUCAUAAUGACUAGCGAUACCUUUGAGCCGAGGACUCUUGCCGGCCUUCUCGACGCAGUCGUGGCCAAGGACCCGAGUCGCGUUGCGGUGCAGUCCCCCAGCCAAACGGACCAUCUUGGUAUCGGUGACAAAAACACCGCGACUAGCCCACAGUCCUUGAGUUGGACUUUCUCAGACCUUCGAAAUGGCAGCACCCGGCUUGCUUCCCGCUUGCGAGCCGACGGAAUCCGACGCGGCAGUCGCAUCGCUGCCCUCCUAUAUAACCAGGCCGAGUGGGCGCUCCUUUUCUGGACCAGUGUGCGCAUGGGUUGCCAGUUUGUGCCGCUUGACCCGAGGGUUCUCGGUCAGCCCACCGUUGCUGCACACAUCAUUCGAAGCAUCGAUGCCGCUGCUAUAUUCGUGUCGACCUCCGAGAUGGCUAGACAGGUCGACAAGACUUUGACCAGAGAGGGAAAACCACUGCCGCUGUCUGCGUAUCUGGUCUCGUCCGCGGAGUAUGAACGACUCCCAGAUGGCUGGAGGGCAUUGGAAAGUAUAAUGGUGGGAGUGGAGACGAAAUCCUUCGAUAAGAGCAUUGAAGAAACUCACUUGGAGCCGAGCGAUGCCAUUCUGAUUUUGGCCACCAGCGGCACCACAGCAUUGCCGAAACUGUGUCCCCACACAUCCAUCACUCUUCGCAGCGCAUCGCAAGUUUGCCAACCCUUGCAACUUGACACCGAAUCCUCGCUGUGUCAGCAGCUCCCCAAUUUUCACAUCUACGGCAUCUUCCUCAACCUGGCAUUUUGGUUGGCCGGGGGCAGGCUGAUCGUCCCUAGCCGUUCUUUCGAUCCUCGGGCAACCUUAGAGGCAAUGUCAUCGAAUCGAAAGGUUUACCUUCCCUGCGUCCCGUCGAUGUUACAAGCAUUGAGAUUGCAACUCUCGACUGCUGAAGAGAGCCAAGAUACUCGGCCGUUCGCGAUUCUCACUGGGGGCGCGGUCGUUACGUCGGAGACUUUGGCGGUUGCCAAGCUGUUGCAGCCGGAAAUGAUCUUUGCUGGCUACGGCGCAACUGAAGCCGUGGUGACCCCGAUGCACCGAAUUGACGAAGAGCGUGAGAAGAGAACCGAGGCUGGCGUCCCGGUCGCCAAGGUAGAAACAGAACAAGCCAAUGUGCGCGUAUGUCAGCUUGGAUCACGAACGCCCCUGCCCCGCGGACAAGUUGGGGAGAUACAUCAGGGAGGGCUCGGAGUAAUUCAAGGAUACCUUGGCGUGGGAGAUAACGAGAACCUGGAGUUUUAUGAGGAGAACGGAGUGAGAUGGAAGGCGAUGGGAGAUCAAGGAUAUGUUGACAGCGAAGGCCACGUCUACGUUUUGGGGAGAUAUGACGACAUCAUAAUCCGGGGAGGUGAGAACAUCUCACCCUUGGCCAUUGAAGAGUGCUUGGUAAAGAUCGCGGAAAUCGAGGAUGCCGCGGUUGUUGGGGUUCCAGACCCCGUGGCCGGCGAAGUGCCCGUGGCCAUCGUGCGUCAGAGGAAGCCGGGAAUCGUGCCGGUGAAAAGACUGCAAGCCGUCGUCGCGAAUCGGCUUGGUCGUGCUUUCUCUCCCACCAUGAUUUUGGACCUACGAGCCGACCUAGAACAGGAACACUUCCCAGCGACGGCGACAGGUAAGAUCCAACGCAAAGUGCUCAAGGAACUAGUGUUGGAGCAUGUGCGACAUUUAGCGACCCUGAAGAAGGCGCGUCUCUCAAGCGACUUGACGAAGGGCAUCAUGGGUUCUUGGGCGGCCGUGACAGGUCUAGCAGAAGAAGACAUCGACCCCGAAGCUCCAAUCGAGACCUUUGCUGAUAGUAUCAUGCUGAUGCAGUUCCUGAGCGAGGCUCAGGCGCAAGGAUGGAGGAUCACUCGGGAGGACAUGGCAGUGUUGGACACCGUUCGAGCGCAGGCCGAGUUUAUAGUUAGCCAGAGAUUGGGCAAGGACAAGCCCAGCGUCGUGACUGUCUUGAGCCGAUGACAGGGAGGAAGAGAAGAAGAGAAAAUGUCCAAAGAGAGAAAGGGAGGGGUCUAUGAUGAGUCAGCACAAUACUGAAUCAGGUGACUUUGAUUUGCCGGCAGAGUCACGGG